AUGCUAUUGAACCUUUUGCUAACUACUGUUUUACUCUUAAGAACUGUGGUUACCAUCGCCGCAGGGGCAGAAUUUUAUGAUGCGACUUUAAAGACGUUCCUCAGCUUGACCGACACCGGUGAUUCUAAUCUACUUCUCCCUUUCAACAAAACGAGAAUUCCUGGAAGUUCAGGUUCUGAAGAUAUCCAGAAGUUUAUCAUUUCCCAUUUCAAGCUUUUACAUGAUGAUUGGCUCAUUGAAACAGAUCCAUUCCAAGAAAAUGGUUACAACUUCACAAACUUGGUAUUUACGCUAGGACGCAACGCUUCCAGCUAUUUGGUAUUGGCAGCACAUUAUGACUCCAAAAUUUUGCCCACCGGGUUCAUUGGUGGAACGGACAGUGCGGCACCAUGCGCAAUAUUACUCUACAUUUCCUCCUUCAUUGACUGGUUUUGUAUGAGGAGCUCUUUGUUCGAAGAUUCAGCUUUGUUUAAAGGACCAUCGGGGAUUAAGAUAGUCUUCUUCGAUGGAGAAGAGGCUAUAAAUCAAUGGAGUGAACAGGAUUCUAUAUACGGUGCUAGACACCUAGCAUCUAUGUGGAUCGAUGAGGAAAAAAUUGACGAAAUUGAUUUAUUCAUUCUGAUGGAUCUUUUGGGAAGCGAAGAGGACAUUAAGGUACCAAGUUAUCAUGAAUCGUCACACUUCUUUUAUCAGUUCCUAAGCGCAAUCGAAAGAAGUUUGAUUGGUGGACCUUACGGAUGGAAUGUUCCCUAUUUUGACGACCCAGAGCUUGAGUUUACAGCAUUAGGUAAACCUCUUAUUGAAGAUGAUCACAAGCCUUUCCUUGCGGAGGGAGUCCCUGUGCUUCAUCUUAUCCCAUUCCCAUUCCCCUCAACUUGGCAUACUUUAAAUGAUGAUUUCGACCAUUUGAGCGAAAUAGAGAUUCAUAAGUGGGCUGUCUUACUGUGUGAGUUUAUUAUACAGUACUCUAUUGAUUCAUACUAA